UGCAUAAACAGUUAUACUCUAUAGUUCUAACUCAUCCUUGAUCUUUUUCCUCUCACUCUUUGGUACCUUUUUUUUUGUGUUUUGUUUUUCUUCUAAUUGCUUACAAACAUGUUGGAUUCUAUACUGGAGAUGAUUACUCAAGCUGCUUCUAGCUCAACAUUCAUUUUUUGCUUUUGCAAUUUGAUCAUAGUAAUUAUUUUAAUGGAUUUGAAGCCAAGAAUAAGUGUUCAUCAAAGAAGUGAAUUCCCUCUUUCAAUAUAUGAAAUUCAAAAGCAAGAAAUCAACACCAAGUUUUCAUUUGAAAAAAGUAUAGAAUCAAUGACACAAGAGAAAGAAGUCUCGCAUGUCAUCGAAGCGGAAGCAAAUGAAGAUGAAGACGAAGAAAACAAGAUUGAAAUUGGAGCCAAUGAUGAUAUUGAUUGUAACAAUGAAGAGGGAAAAGAAGAAAAUGAAAAGGAGCAUGAGGAAGAGAAAGAUGAUGAUGAGUUGAGGAAAAGAGUGGAAGAAUUUAUAGAGAAAGUUAACAAAAAAUGGAAAGAAGAAUUGUUAAGCACAUCUAGCUUGGUAUAUGAAAGAAAAAAUAAUGAAAUUUUGGCAAUUUGAGACAUGUUUUUAGAUUUUGUUGUAUUGAAUCAUAUUUAAGAAAUAUCAUAAAGUUAGUUAGUUGUUCAUAAGUGCUAGAUAA